AAUCAUUUUAUUUGUCCACUUGGAUGAUUAUUAAUUAGAUUAUUUAAGUGCUUAGUUAAACUCUUUUAAUCAAAUAACCUUUGACUAAGUUCGUUUUAUCGGUUAAUCCUAUAUUGAUUAAAAAUUAAAAAUCAUUAUGAGAGAAAACUUUUAAGAAUCUCCUAACUUAAAUAAUUAAUUUUGAAUGAAUCGGUGCACUAUAUUUACAGUAGAUUCUCCAUACCCUAAACUUCUCGGUUGUGCGAUUCUCACAGAAAAAGAGCGAUGGUGUUCAAAAACAGGUACAUGGUGAUGGAGGUUUUUAUGAAUCCUAAUAGAGAACAAGCAUCGGGUGAUUCUAUUAUAAUUACUCAGUUUAAUAUCUCUAAUGCUAUAAAAGAUAGCAUCAUGGUGAAUUUUGGGGAGUGUGGUUUGGCGGCAUCACUAGGAUCAUUUCAGGUUAAGUAUGUGAAUCCAAUCACUAAUGUGUGCAUUAUUAGAGCUUCAAGAGAGGAGCAUGAAAAAGUAUGGGCUUCUAUUACUAUGGUUAGAAGUAUUGGAAAUUUUCCAGUGGUGUUUAAUUUACUUGAUUUAUCUGGAAAUUUACAGGCUUCUAAAACCGCCGCAUUAAAGUGCGAAAAAGCAAAAUUUGAACAGUACAAACUUAUGGUUGGUGAUCGAUUAUCAGCCGACGAUACUCAUCGUAUGAAUAAUCAUCUUGCAAAGAUUGAACUUUUGGAGCACUGAAUACUUGGCCAUCAUCAAGGGCGUCAGUAAGCUUUCUCAGUUUCACAUGAUUCGUCUGUAUUCAGUCACAAAUUGUUGCAUUAAACAUCAUGUGAUUCUUGAAGUUUAAAUCUCAAAUUAUAAUCAUAACAUUAAUUUUAUCUAUGCUAGUUCUGUACUCUCUCACAGAAGAUAAAUGCAUUGUGGUUUUACUAGCAUACAGUAUAGUUACAGCUUUAACCAUGAGUGAAGAGGCUUGUGAAAUGUGGAAAUUUGCACCCUUGUAUGGUUUUAAAAUUGCAAAUCUAUUGUAGUUCAUUUUUUACU